AUGAAUAAGCAGUGCGGUGAGGCUCUUGAGGCAAUGAGAAAGAAGACCCCUCUUUGUCAUUGUAUCACCAACUUUGUUUCCAUGGACAUUAUGGCGAAUACUCUUCUCGCCAUCGGAGCAUCUCCCAUCAUGGCGCACGAAGUGGAUGAGGUGGAGGACAUGGUGACUAUUUGCGGCUCGACCCUGAUCAACAUUGGCACACUGUCCAAGAGAUGGAUUGAGGCCAUGAUCAAGGCUGCCAAGAAGGCUCAUGAGCUCGGAAAGUGCUGGGUGCUGGAUCCUGUGGGCGCUGGAGCAACUCCUCUCCGUAUGGAAACUUGCAAGGAGUUAUUGAAGUACCACCCCACUGUGAUUCGCGGCAACGCCUCGGAGAUCCUCGCUCUGGCCGGAACGGUCAGCAGUGGCAGAGGUGUGGAUUCAACCGACUCUUCGCAAGCCGCGCUCAAUGCCGGUAAGGCGUUGGCGAAGGAGUACGAGUGCGUCGUGGGAAUCACAGGGGAGGUGGAUUACGUGACGGACGGAGAGCGCGUGAUCGAAGUGCAUAACGGCGUGGAGAUGUGCACGCUGAUUACUGCUGCGGGAUGCUCGCUGACGUCUAUCAUUUGUGCCUUCCUGGUGAGCGGAGAGGCGCCGAUGGAGGCAACGGCUUAUGCAUUGGCCUGCUUCGCUGUGGCGAGCGAGAUGGCGAGAGAGAAGGCGAAGGGCCCUGGUUCUCUGCGAAUGGAAUUGAUGGAUGCCUUGUAUCUGAUGACGAAGGAGGACAUCGAGAAGAGAGCCAACUUCCAGUAAACGGGAGUACCGUAAUAAUGCAGCUGUAUAGCGUGCUUACAGUGUUGGAUUAUUGCUCUU